GCUGGGUAAGCCGGGUUUGUUAAACAGGGCGUUAUGGUCGAAAUUAAAUUCCACACCAUUUGCACCGUGCCGGAAAGCUUUCCUUUUCUUGAUGCUUUCCGAAAUCUAUAAAACUUUUCCCGAAUUGUAAAACUUAGCUAAAAAAGUAAUAACUACCGCGUGGGAAGUUAGCGAUUCACAAUUACUCCAUUAUCAUACGGAGCAACUGCAAUGAAUACAUAUAAGUGUGUGUGUAUACAAUAUAUCCAUUGAAAAACAGAACAAAUUGGACUCAGAGAAGGGCAACGGAAUGGGAAACUGUGUGUCUGAUGUGAAAGGUGGUAAGCAGGCGGUAGGAGGAGGCGGCGGUGAUGGGGUCUACCACCGGGCUCAGGCAGUUGGCGGCGGCGGUGAGGGCAAAAACGACGCAGUGGAUUUCUUCUUCCGGUCCAAGGGAAUGCGCCCUCUCGGCUCCCAAAUUGAGCUAUCUCUAUCAGCCUCAAAGCUUCUUGACCGUGACAUCAUGUCAAAGAGUGAUCCCAUGGCAGUAGUGUUUUUGAAGAAAAGGGACGGGACCCUUGUAGAAGUCGGACGUACCGAAGUGAUAAUGAACAAUUUGAACCCUGCCUGGAUUCAAAAAAUUAGUAUCAUUUACCAGUUCGAGAUUGUUUGCGCUUCUUUGUCAUGAAGCGGCAGUCAGUCCAUGCAAUUUUGGAUGGGAUUUUCACUAUGGGUCAUCCGGAAACAGUCUCUCUGUGCUUUAGUACAGGGGUAAGACUGCGUACAUCCGACCCCCCUUACCCCACCGUAGGUGGGAGCCUUUGCGGCACUGGGGUAAAUGAAAAUGAAAAUGAAAUGACCAGUUCGAGAUUGUUCAACCACUGAUGUAGGUUUUUUUUUUAUGUAUGUCAUUUUCUUUAUAAAAGCAUUCGUUUAUAGUUCAUGUAUUCAUUUUAUUUUCAGAUUUCAUAUAUAUGAUGUGGACUCAAAGUACAACCAUUUACCUGUGAAGGCACUGAAGUUGAAGGAUCAAGAUUUCCUUGGUGAAGCCACUUGUGUUCUCUCUGAGAUUGUGACCAAACCGAAUCAGCAGUUAACAUUGAAUCUUCAUCAUAGACGUGGGCGUGGCUCAAAUAACUUGGGCACACUUACAAUCCAUGCAGAAGAAACUGUUGUUUCGAGGAGUGCAGUGGAGUUAACACUAAGGUGUACAAAUCUAAAAAAGGACAUAUUCUCCAAAAGUGUAUGCAUGAGAUGGAAUUCAGUUUUCUAUUAUUUGUAGCCUUAAUUUGAUGAGCAUGGCUUACUAUUUACUAGACUCCCAAUGUGAAGCAGGAACAUUGGGUUUGGUGCCCUUUCUUUUCUCGCUUUAUUAUUGUUUCUGUUUUAAUAUUUUAGGAUCCUUUCUUGAGAAUAUCUAGGACUGUUGAAGCUGGAAGUUCUAUUCCUAUAUGCAAGACAGAAGUUCUCAACAACAACUUAAAUCCCAUAUGGAAGCCAGUGAGUUUAUCUCUGCAACAAUUUGUGAACAAGGAUAACCUUCUAACCAUUGAGUGCUUUGACUUCAACAGAAGUGGCAAUCACAUCCUCAUUGGAAAAUUGCACAAGACAGUUGCAGAGCUUCAAGAUCUUCACAACAGUAAAGCUGGAGCUAAUCUUAUCUCACCGCCUUCUGGUUUCAGGAAACAAGAAAAGCUUUUGAAGGGUCAACUGUUUGUGGAAAAUUUUACUGAGAAGCAACUCUACAGCUUUCUUGAUUACAUUUCUAGUGGAUUUGAGCUUAACUUUAUGGUUGCUGUUGAUUUUACUGGCCAUAAUGGAGGUGGGAGAGGUUAUACAAUUUUAUGACUCUGAUAGAUGUUUUCCUGCUUGGGGGUUUGGUGGAAUGACGAAUGCUGGAUCAGUGUCUCACUGUUUCAGUUUAAAUGGAAAUCCAAGUGCACCCGAGGUUCAAGGUGUAGAAGGGAUAAUGAACGCUUACUCAAGUGCUAUGCACAAUGUAACUCUUUCUGGACCCACCUUGUUUAGCCAUGUUAUUAACAGUGCCGCAAAUAUUGCAGCUCAGUCCCUCAAAAACACCCAAAACAAAUAUUUCGCCUUGCUAAUUAUCACGGAUGGAGUACUAACUGAUCUUCAAGAAACUAUAGAUGCUAUUGUAAGGGCAUCUGACCUACCAGUUUCAAUUCUUGUCAUCGGAGUUGGCAAUGCAGAUUUUACACAAAUGGAGAUUCUUGAUGCUGAUAAUGGAAAACGGCUCGAGAGCUCCACGGGAAGGGUAGCUACAAGAGACAUUGUGCAGUUCAUUCCCAUGCGCGAAGUGCUUGCUGGGCAGAUUUCAGUGGUGCAGGCCUUAUUAGAAGAGCUUCCAGGGCAGUUCUUGGCAUACACGCGCAGCAGAGACAUUAAACCCCUGAAUGUGGGCUAGGGCCUAGGUUACAACAGUAGUUUGGAGUUAAACGGAGGAGUGAAAUAUUAAUGUUAUAUGCUUUCCUUAUACAGGAGCUUUUUGGAAACAAAUGGUGGACAACAUUUAACAAAUGGUGGAAGUUCACCUGUUUACAUCUUGUGUGGUGUCAAACCAAGUACUCCGUAUUAAACAUUAUCUCACUCCCACAAUUUAUUUUAUAAUAAACUUUAUCUAACUUAUGUUA